UUCAGCCUACUGUGUGUGGAUGUGGUGCCCCAGCUGGGGAACACCCCCCUUCUCCCAUCAAGGUCUGAGCAUGCAGCCCAAACUGACAGGGAGCUACCACCAGUGUCAAGCCAAUCUAGUACGGAGGUCAAGGAUACAACAGCAGUGUCCAGUCAACCUGAAUGCAGACACUCAGUCCUUGGGCACUUUCACCAAAGCCGUAUUCCAGAAGUAUGGAACCCGUCAAGGCAUGCUGGCACACAAUGCACCUCGGUGGCAUUCACCGCCAUUGUUGCCAGUGCGGUUGUCCCUGUUGGUCUCUGGACUCCAGCCACACUGGACGGGGUCCUCGUAAUGGGGGACCGUCUUCAUGACGCCAUACUCAGCAGGAUGGGAAGUAAGGCUCCCACCAGCAAACAUCUGGCAGCAGAUGAGAUGUUGGAGCAGCCUGAAGACUGUCAGUUGAGAUGGCCUGUCCGGUGCAGCCGAGUCAGUGAAAUGCAGGGACUCCUGUACCCUGGCAGCAUGGACUCGAACUCCCUAAAGAGCCAGCUGACCUGGGAAUGGAUGCCAGGUCAGCCCCUCAGGGAGUUCGGGGAUGCAGUGAGGAGGGUUUUCAACGCCCAGGACUGUCAGGGAGCUGUUGUCACCCUUGCAGGCGGAAGCUCGGCCUUGCUGCACAACCCUGUUGGAGGCUGGAUGGUUGUUGACAGCCAUGCCAAGGAUGUUUUGGGCACCACUGAUGUGGAAGGGAAGUCAAGUCUCCUCAGGUUCCCUUCCCUGAAAAAUGUGGUAGCCUAUUACGGAGGAAUGGCUGUUCGACCCACCCAAUACUCACUCACAGGAUUCAAGGUCGAGUCAAUGUCGCAAGGGGGAUAACCUCACUAGCAGUACCCUCCCUCAGCAUUCGGGCUCCUGCCACCUAGAGGUGCAUUUGUCCAUUCUGCAUGACUGAAGAAAGCAGCAGAGAUGCUGCUGCCUGAUGGUGCUCUAUAAACAUGAACUGGAAUGUAUGCUGCCUGGUGGUCAUGUGGAGGUUGAUUUGUCCACUUUACUGCCUAGAAGAAAGGACUAGAGAUGCUGCUGUCUGAUAGGGCACUGUGAACAUGCUGUGAUAGUGACACUAUGCUUGAAGUGGAGUGUAUGCUGCCUAGUGGUCAUCUCGAGGUUGAUUUGUCCACUGUACUGUCCAGAAGUAAAAGGACCACAGAUGCUGCUGCCUGAUGGUGCACUAUAAACAUGCUGUGAUAGUGACAGUGCAUGGAUUGGAUUAUGUUGCUCGGUGGAGCAUUUGUCCCAUUAGUGGACUGGACACAUUAUGCUAUUGCACAUGGAGUGAACACUGUACUGCUGGUGACAUAUGCAUCAAUGAAACUUGUAUACUGUCUCUGGUUGUGAAACAGAUACAAGAAAAUGCAACUGAUACCACAGGCUGUGUUUUCCUUCAAGAUUAAGAAUGCAGAAACUUAUAAAGGCUAAUAUUUGUCAGGUUUAUAUCGAAAUGUAUGCAGUGAAGACGUUUCUAAAGUAAACAAAGAAAAGAGACUGAUCUCUCUAAAAACAUUUACUCUUUGUAAAUAGUGUAAACAGUUGUAACAUGUUAAAUUGAGAUUGCACUUUCUCAGUCAAAAGUAACCAGUUAUAAACUUGAUUUUGAUUUGCAUGUUAUAGCCUUCUUUUAUAUCAGGGUAUUAUUUAUGUUAUACAAUCACUAAAAUUCUAUAAAAAAAAUGAUCACACAGGUGAAUGUGUUGAUAUAAAAGGUGUUAUGUUACAGAAAAUUGAUGUUAUUGUUGCAGUUAUAUGAAUAAAAUUUAGUUCAAAUGACAUACAUCCCAUGUGUUGCUUAUUUUGCUACUGUUUUCA